AUCAUGGGAAAAUUCGUUGUGGAAAUGUCCAUCCAAAACCAAAGCGACCGAACUUCCGUCCUCCCAAACGGAAUAAAAUCAUCAGCAGAAGCAGAAGAAGAAAUAGAGCUGCUAAAAUAAGCAAACGCAGACCUCAUCGGCUUUUAGUUGCGUUGGUUUUUAUAACUGUUUCCCCUGAGAAAGAGAGAGAGAGAGUCCUGCUGAAACUUAAAAAGCACUUUUUGUAGAAGUCGGUUUGGUACUUUGGUUGGCAGCCAUGUCACCCCUGGUGCUCAAAAUGACCACAGCAGCCUCCUGUAUAUACCCCAAAAAGCCCUACCAAAUUCUCUUCAAUUCCAUCUUCUCCUCCACCUCCACCUCCACCUCCACCCCCUCCUCCUUCUCUCCCUCUUCACCCCCAUUUGGUAAAAACUUCAUCGAGGCAUUAACGCACACGCGUAAAUACUCCGGGUGCAGGAUAACCCCCUGCGCACCCCUCCCGCCCCCAAUUCUCCCUCUUCCCCUAAACCUAGCCCCCAGAUUCCCUAAAUGCUUCUCCGCCUCCUCCUCCUCCCGCAGCCGCAGCAACGCUAGUGGCGGUUCCUUCGAAGAUCGCGGAGAGUCCUCUGGUGGGUCCGGCUCCGAGUCCGGCACCGGUGGUGUUGGUGGUCUUAUGGCCGACAUGGGUUCGGAGAAUCAUAAGGGCACCGAUUGGUACGACAGCCAAUUGUACCCGAACCAAGACAAUUGCUUUCUCCUCUGACACAUCAACAAAAACAACAGCAGCAGCAAUCCGAAUCCCUCCUCCAAAUUCCUCACCUUGCCCACCAUUCUGACUCUCGGCCGCGUCGCCGCCGUGCCGGUUCUCAUUAGCACUUUCUACAUCGAUAGUUGGUGGGGAACAACUGCCACAACAAGUAUUUUCAUUGCUGCAGCAAUUACUGAUUGGCUCGAUGGGUAUAUUGCUCGGAAGAUGAAAUUAGGAUCUGCUUUUGGCGCAUUUUUGGAUCCGGUGGCUGAUAAGCUCAUGGUUGCAGCCACACUGGUUUUAUUGUGUUCUAGGCCUUUGGACGUUGCCAUGUUUGGGCAAGUUCCAUGGCUGUUUGUCGUUCCUUCAAUUGCCAUAAUUGGUAGAGAGAUAACCAUGUCAGCAGUUAGAGAAUGGGCUGCUUCUCAGAACACUAAACUUUUAGAGGCUGUAGCUGUAAAUAACUUGGGAAAGUGGAAAACAGCCACACAGAUGAUAGCACUGACUAUCCUCUUGGCAACCCGAGACAACAGUUUUGGAAGACCAGAUGUUAUCGUAGCUUCUGGUGUUUUUUUGCUUUAUGUUUCAGCGGGGCUUGCCGUGUGGUCUUUGAUCAUGUAUAUGAGCAAGAUAUGGAAAGUACUGCUGAGGUAGUGCGUGCAACUGCUCUGCAUUCACUCAUAUACGUACUUCUCGAUCAAGUGACCAUUUCAAAUGCAAAGAGGUAAUUGUCAGUGCUCUAUACAUGAACCCAGAAAUGAUCAAUCUCGCACAGAGCAUGACGCUGAUAAUCGAUGGAGGGGAUAACACAUUAUUGCUAAAAUCCUGCAGUAUUGAGUAAAAUUUGCUUUAAUAUUUUGGGUGGGUAGUAUAAUUUUGGCGAGUUACUGCCCUCGGCGACUUUAUAUUCUCACCGAUGUCUUGUCAGGUUGAUCUAAUUUUUUGGGAUAAUACCUAGAUAGAGAUGUUGAAACAAAAUUUCCUCAUUACAUAUCGUAUUUAAGGCGGUUUUUCAAUAUUUUUAUCUGUUCACUGAUUCGGGAAGAUUCUGGUUCAUUGAAGCGAGGUUAGGAUGGAAUGAUGUAGCGUUAAUAAGUUGCUUCUGCAGUUUUGGUGUUGGAGAAGAUUUAUAUGUUUGUUGAUUUUAGAAAGUGUAAACAAAAAGUAUCCAGGGUUAAAUAAAGCAGCUUCCUUAAUUCCCCUUA